GCUCUGUCAGCUGCAGCUGGGUGUUCAGAGGGACCAAGGCAGGGGACCGGGGGAGACAGGAGCUGAGACGGAUCAGAGCCAUUAGGCUGACAACAGAAAUUAGCUGAUGUCUUUGGCUGCACUUCUUCACCUCUUCAUCACCUCUUCCUCACGGUCCAGCCAAUCAGGUGUCCCUAGUCAUCCUUUAUUUAUUUAUUUAUUUAUUAUCCCAUUUUGUUGUCCCGACAGUGACAACAUUCCCUUUGUUUUUGUGCAUUGUAAUUGUAAUUUCUGGCUUUGGACGGUUUCCAUUUCAUAUAUAAGUUAACUGAUGUCUUAAGUGUUAACCUUCCAUAGUGUUUUUACUUCCUGAUGGGAUUCCUGACAUUUCAUUUAAUAACAGAUAUGGGGGAUGGUCAACUCUGAGACACACAGAUACACAGAUACACACACGCCCACACACACACACACACACACACACACACACACACACACACACACACACACACACACACACACACACACACACACACACACACACACACUACACGUGUGACUGUCUCGGAGGCAGUGAGGGGAGGUCUGACUGAGAAGCUGUUCUUUACUACUAGUGCUUUGGUGUGCGUGACAACAUAAAUUAUGACACGAGGAUGAUUAUGGAUCGGUACGCUAAACUUUCCUUGCGCACAAAGAGGACCGUCAACAAGCUGUUCAUCAUCCCUGUAUCUGGGAGCCCCAUCCUGGUGCACCAUGGGAGCCCAUCAAGUGUGUGACAGAUUUGGCGUGUGAGGAAAAAGAAAAAGGGGGACGCCAUGGAGACCGACGCAUACCACGUGAACCCCGAAACCAGUGGUGACUGGGUGGGGACGGUGGCCAGCCUGGGAGCGGUGGUGGGCCUUAAUGGGGGUGUGGGACGAGGAGGAGGAGGGGCAGGGGGAGGAGGAGGGGGAGGGGGGGCCUCGGCCAGCACCUCGGCCUCCUGGCACAUGCCCUACCCGCUGGGCUUCCAGGUGUCCCUGACGGCGCUGCUGAUGGUCGAGCUGGUGCUGGGCUUCGGCAGCAACCUGACGGUGCUGGUGCUGUACUGCUCCCAGUCCGACCUGGUGCACUCCGUCAGCAGCCUGGUGACGGCCAACCUGCACGUGCUGGACGUGGCGCUGUGCGUGCUGUGCCUGCCCCUCACCCUGGUCAUCGUCCUCCUCCCCCCGGGGCCCAACUUCGCCACGCUCUGCUGCCUCCACGAGGCGUGCGUCACCUUCGCCAGCAUCGCCACCGCCAUCAACAUCCUGGUCAUCAGCCUGGACCGCUACGACAUCUCGGUGCGGCCCGUCAACCGGCUGCUGACCACGCGCCGGGCGCUGCUGCUGCUGGCCGGCGUCUGGCUGACCUCCGUGGCCGUGUUCUUCAUCCCCUUCCUGGAGGUGCGGUUCUUCAGCCCGGGAGGGGAGGCGGAGGGCGACCCGGCGGGGACACACUCGACGUCGUCGUCGUCCUCGCCGUCUUCUCGGUCUUCUAACCACACGCUGCUGUGUGUGGGGGGAGAGGCCUACCACAUGGGCCUCGGGAUGUACUACCACCUGGCGCUGCAGGUGCCCAUCUUCUUCGCCACGCUGGCGGGGAUGCUGUUCACCUACUCCCGCAUCCUGAAGGCCCUGAACAUCCGCAUCGGCUCCCACAUCAGGACGGGCGGCCGCUUCCGGGGCCCCGACUGCAGGGGCCGGCGUAAGAAGCCGACGACGAGAGGAGCGGCGGACGGCGGCGAGGGGGGGGAGCGGUGCACCGCCGACGGCUCAAAGCAGCUCAGCCACCCCCCCCUCAUCCAGUCCUCCUCCCCCACGCCGACGGCCACCUCCCCGCCCGCGCUGUCCUCCUCCGUCAGUCUGGUGCCCCCCCCCCGCCGGGGGGGGGGCACCAGACUGACGGGGGGGGGAGCUGCCGCCGCCGCCCCUGGCCCCGCCCCCCUCGGCGUCCAGGCCUCGGUGUCCGCCAUCAUGGCCCUGCGGCGGGCGGUGAGGCGCCACAGGGACCGGCGGGAGCGCCAGCGCCAUGUCUUCAAGAUGUCCCUGGUCAUCAUCAGCACCUACCUGGGCUGCUGGGCGCCGCUGACGCUCGUCAACGUGCUGAUCCUGGCGGCGGGGCCCGGCGACGCCCUGGUCAGCGCGCGGCUGUGGUGCCUGGCGCUGGCCUACGGCACCACCGUCUCCCACCCGCUGCUGUACGCCUUCACCCGGCAGACCCUGCGGCGGGCGCUGCGGGCCAAGGUGAAGAAGAGGGUGGUGUCCCUGCUGCAGGUGGACCCGUCGCCGGGCGGCACCGUCAUCCACAACUCCUGGGUGGAGAACAAGAAGAGCGGGAGGCAGGUGCGCCUGGAGGCCAGCGAGGCCACCGACCGCUGCCUGGCGGAGGUGUGAGGGGGGCCCUCCGCGGCUCUCCGUCAUCGUACCGGGAGGGAGCCACAGAGGUUCCGUUUCAUCAGUGUGUUCACGCCGUUGACGGACACGCGGGGAAAUGUUGGGCACGGUUUUCCUGCACAGGGAUGAACAAGCAUGACUUUAAGGGAGAUGUCGUGACCAUUUGAGUGUCUGCACAACACCUUCCCAACGCUGGUAUGUUUCCAUGAGAGAAGAUGGGCAACACAUUAAACACACUUUCUUCUGCGCAUUGUCAAACCCACUGGAGUUUACGUCUGGAGUUUUUUUUUUUGGUCGGUGAUGACACAGCGCUGUUAUAAAACCGCUCUUCUACAGCCAACCAGGGAUCUGAUCUACCGCCCACUCCACUGCUCCAGGGCAGCUAUCCAGAGUAAAACACUGAUAUAGAUGUUGACAUAUUUUGAAUACUAAAACCCACAUCAUGUUCCGGAACUGAUUCCUCCUAACCCUGUCUCCGUCCUGCUCUAGUAUGAGGCCAUUGUGUUGUAAUCAAAGUGAGAACAGGACUCACUUUAUAAGCUACAUUUGAUUCAAAUUGAAAGUGAUGUAAUGUAAUAGAAGAAUAUAUAUAUAAUGUGUUACCCCACCCCCUCUUGCUGCAAUGUCGGUCCUAUGAUUCAAUGACUUAUUGUUUAUUGUCAAGUCCUACUAACGUACAUAACACAACUUUAGGUCUUUAUGUAAGCAUUAUAUUUUGUAUUGUGCAUUUAUAUUUUGUGCAUAUGUCACAGUAUGGAGAAUUUGGAGAAAUACUUUCAAAAGUUGUGUUGAAAUGUUGCAGCUAGCAUGUCCCACACAGAUGAAGCAGAAAGUGUUCUGUGAAGUGAAAUUACGCCAUGGGCAAGUUCUAUGAAGCUUAAACACAGAACUUAUGUCCAGGUUGUGCAUGUCGAUAAGACCAACUUCAUUUGAUUAUUGUAUUAUGUAAACAACUAUAAUCAAAUUGUUUGAUUAUUGUAGUUUACAUCACACUUCUAAAGACAGAGAAAUAGCGAGAAUUGUAGUCGUUGCUAAUAUUCUUUAACAGUCUCCAGCCUGUUGCCACAACUUCUACAACAAUAAAAUAACUGAUUUAGAAUGUGUUUCCUCCCCUCUUUUUCUCCCCACUUACACACGCACACACAAAUCAUAUUUAUAUGGAAUUAUCGAAUGAAUCAGACAUGCACAGGCAUGAUGUUUUUGCAAGACAGGGCCUAUUCAAAGACAAAAUACGCCACAGGGUGCAAGGGUGCAAACAUAAAUAAUCACACUUGCAUACUGCUUCCUUAGCUGGCCACGUAGGCGAGGCACCUCCCUGGGUCACAGUGACAAACAUUUUUGUCAGUUCCUUAAAUAAGGGGCACCUUCCGAGACACUUUGAUAUAGUGGACACCCGUGGCGCAGUGUGGGGAUGGGUGGAGCUCCGAGAGAGGAUUAGGCUUCUCGGGACACUAUAAGCGCUCAUUAUAACACUCAUACACAAUGAUAAUUCUAUCUUAAAAAAACGUAUCACAAGCUGGUGUGGGUUGCAUGCAAGCCUUUCUGUUGUACUGGAGAGGCCUCCGUUUUUUGAAAGCCUGUUGUCUGAUGUUGAUAUCAGGUUGAUCUGGCCCAAGUUCAAUGAGUAGUAGUUUCUUCUCCAAAGUUUUCCUCUUGUCGAUUUUGGAGUAAAGAUAUUAUUUAAUUCGAGGUCGGCUGAAUUCCUUUGUCUUAAAUUCCCCCGGUCAUAACUGUGAAUAACAUCAGGUGUCCUUACUAGACCACCGAUGGAGUCUGCUUGGGGUUACAAAUGAGUUGCCCUUUAGGCAUCAGAUUGGAGGACGCUGAUUGGCUAAUUUGAUGUUGCUAUAUGCAAAUCUUGGGCCAGCAAUAAGCGGAGCUGCUGCACUGACCUGGCAAUGUUUCCAUCGGCCAAGAAGAGACAUUGAGAGGAAGGGGAAACAUAACAAUUUAUAUUUGAUAUAGCCUUUUACAUGGUAUUGUGCAUUUUAAACACACAUUCAUUCUUGUUUAUUUAAGAAUUAAACAUUCAA